AUGGCCACUUCGAAGACCUGGAAGGAUCAUUUGAAACACUUGGAGGUUGUUUUGGAGGUGCUACUUGACAAUUCUUUCUAUAUUAAGUUGUCCAAGUGUACAUUCAGCCAAAAGGAACUUGAGUAUUUGAGGCAUUUAAUUUCACAUGAGGGUGUCAAGGUAGAUUCAAGGAAGGUUAAAGCUAUGGUGGCUUGGCCCAAACCAAAGACCAUCACUGAAUUGAGGGGCUUUCCAGGGCUCAAUGGUUACUAUAGAAAGUUUGUCAAGGAUUAUGCUUCCAUUGCAAAACCACUCACCAACAUGCUCAAGAAGAAUAAUUUUGAUUGGAGUGAAGAGGUGGAGAUGACAUUCAAAGCUUUAAAGAAGGCCAUGAUUGCCACACCUAUCCUUGCUAUGCCGAAUUUUGAUAAGGUGUUCGAGUUAUACAUGGAUGCAAGCAAUGUGGGGGUAGGUGCAGUAUUGACACAAGAAAGGAGGCCACUAGCCUUCAUUAGCAAGGCCCCUUGGAGUUCAAAAGAAAGUGUGGAGUGUGUAUGCAUGAGAGAUGCUUGUUAUCAUGGAGGCCGUGAGGGUAUGGACGCCUUAUUUGCUGGGGCGGAGGUUCUUGAUAGUCAUGAAUCAACAACCUUUGAAGUAGCUUUUAGAGCAAAAGAUCAUCACUGCAGAUCAACAAAGGUGGGUAUCUAA